AGAGAGAGAGAGAGAGAGAGACAGAGCAUAUCUCUUUCAAUGUUCACAAUAAACCCAACACACUCUGUCAAAAAGCUUCACUCUCUUCUCCUUCCCCAUCUCUCUCUCUCUCUCUCUCUCUCUUGUCCAUAAAAGGAACCUCUUCCUCUCAGAAAGUUCCAAAACCUCUUAACACUUCUAAGCUUCAAAAACUCUCACCUUUUCAGCGAAUUACCUACCUCUCUUCAAAACAUGCCUUCCGAGUUCAGCGAAUCUCGUCGGGUUUCUAAGAUUCCUCACGGUGGAGCUGUUGCGACUCCGGUGGAUCAGCAAGAGCAGCUUCCUUGUCCUCGCUGUGACUCAACCAACACCAAGUUCUGUUACUACAACAACUACAAUUUCUCACAGCCUCGUCAUUUCUGCAAGUCUUGUCGUCGUUACUGGACUCAUGGAGGUACUCUCCGUGACAUUCCCGUCGGUGGUGUUUCCCGGAAAAGCUCAAAACGUUCCCGGACUUGCUCCUCCUCCGCUGCUACCACCAACGCUGUGGGAAGCCGGAACUUUCCAUUACAAGCGACGCCUGUUCUUUUCCCUCAGUCCUCUUCCAACGGCGGUUGCACCGCGGCGAAAGGAAGUGCGUCGUCGCUCUACGGCGGUUUCAACUCUUUGAUCCACUACAACGCCGCUGUAAGCAGAAAUGGGCCUGGUGGUGGAUUUAACGGGCCAGACGGGUUCGGUCUUGGGCUUGGUCACGGGUCGUAUUUCGACGGCGUCAGAUUUGGGCAAGGAAUAACGACGGUCUGGCCGUUUUCAACUGGCGCUACUGAUGCUGCAACCACUACAAGCCACGUGACUCAAAUACCCGCCACGUGGCAGUUCGAAGGUCCAGAGAGCAAAGUCGGGUUCGUGUCCGGAGACUACUUAGCGUGAGCAGCUCUCUACCUUAGUCGGAGGGUUUAAAUCUCUCUUCUUCUUCUUUUGGCUUUUCUACCCUAACUCUUCAGUUUUAGUGCUCUCUAGUAGUGAAUUUGGUUCUUAUUUAGUUAGGUCACUUGUGAACGAAACUACAAAAUCAGAGAAACGUUGUUUGUUUUUGGCUCUUAUUAAUGUCAGUUCCAAUGCUGGAAAUCUUUGAAUACAGAACAGUCUAAUUUUUAUAAUUUGGCUCUAGUUAUGGAUGUAGCAAAUGCUCUAGCCUGCCGGAACAAGGACACAAACAUAGAUUUGAAUUAAUAGAGAACAAUUUUGUGGAUA